UUGAACGCCGCAACAGUCGCCGUCAAAAUCGCCAUCGCCGUCAAAAUCGCCAUCGCCGUCGCCAGUCGAAUCGCAUUUUCAGCCUCAGCGCCUAGGAAAUAGUGCGAAUCAAGAGCAGGAAGCGUGUUUUGUUGUUGCCGCGAGCAGCCAAAGAAAAGACAAGCGGUACGGUACGAGUGCGGUACGAGGUCCGAGAUCCCCGAGGUCCGAGGUGUGGGUGCGUGAGUGCGCAUAGUAUAAAAUUAAAUAAAUGAAACAACAGCAACAAAUGCGAGUGGCAACAAUGAUGCUAUAUAUACUGAGUUCAGAUGAGAUAUAUAGACACUGGGACCUAUGAUUCCGUCUGAAGACGGUCCGCCAGACAAUGUUUGGACAACCCAUAAAUAAUGCGAGCGGGCAGCAGCCCACACAGAACCGCUUGAAAUUUCAUAAUAUCACCCUAUUACUAUUAUUAUUAGUUGACGUUAUUAUUUACUAGAGUGCUGCUGCAGCUGCUGCUCUCUCUCUCUGCCUCUACUUUUGCGGUUGUCCAAAUUGUAAAUUGCUGUUGGUUCAGCGGGAAACCCGCGCGAAUUAUUUUCCAUGACCGCGUAUCAAGUGUACCACGCUGCGUAUGAGCAAUCUCCGAAAUGCAUCGAAAAUAAACUGAUUUGUGCACCCCACCUGACCACGUGUCGAAGGCGUAACGCCGUUAAACGUAUCGUAUAUUCCCCAGAGACAGCCAUAGAUGCUCGUAAAAUCAGACAGCAUUUUAUGUGUCAGUUUCCGUUUAGUGCGCUUCAGGCCGUAAAUUUAUUCCAAACGUAAAAAAGAACAACGAGAAACGUGCGACGGAUUUCCGCGCCAAGACAGACAGACAGACACCAUCAAAACAAAGCUCCAGCAACAGGAAACGGGGUAGGAAGUCGCCAUCAGCCGUGCCAAUUGUGCAGCAGGACGCGUGCUGCAGGAUUGGCUGCGCCCAAGUCUGCCACAGCAGCAACACCAGCGGCAACACAGCAGCAACUUGUUUUGUCUAUCCAUAAGUUCCUUUGUGCAUCAUGCACGACUCCGGCAAACCGUCCCCCACCACCGCUACCAACACCACCAGCCCCACCAUCCCGCCCAAACAGCAGGCAGCGACGCCCCAGUCGCCGGCAGCGGCGGCGGCGGUCAGCGGACUGGAUCCGGCGGACGAUGAGGACGAGACCGACGUGAUCGGUGACCUGAUGGGCCACUACGGCAAGUGGCAGCUGCUGAUGACGGUGCUGCUGUCGCUCUUCCAGGUGCCAAACACCUUCCACAUAUCCUCGUCCAUCUACCAGGCGGCCAACAAGGACUUUUGGUGCCAGCGGCCAGCGCAACUCCAGCACAUCCCGGUGGCCAUUUGGCGCAACAUUAGCGGCUCCGUCGACAACUGCCAGCGAUAUGGGGGCAUCGACUGGAGUCAGGUGGGCAAUGACACCACGUUGCCAUCUGAGUGGAAGAUACCCCUGGAAGCGGAUAGAAAGAUGGUGGCCUGCGAGAAGUGGGAGUACGAGACAAACGACAACGUCGGGAACACCUGGACAUCGCAGUGGGAUCUGGUGUGCGAGAAGGAGCACCUGAAGAACGUGGCCGAGAUGUUCUUCCUGCUGGGCGUGGCAACAGGUGGCAUCAUCUCCGGCUAUUUAUCGGACAAGUUCGGGCGCAAGACAAUGCUCUUCAUAUCGGCCGUGCUGCAGACCAUAUUCGGUCUCUGGCUCUAUAUCUGCAACUCCUUUGAGCUUUAUCUGACACUUCGCGCUCUGCUGGGUCUGGUAUCGGUAUCGGUCACUUACUCGGGCCUGAUCCUGGCCAUCGAGUAUGUGGAUGGCAAGUGGCGAACCAUUGCCGGGAUGUACAACCUGUUUCCACUGCCAAUCUCCUACAUGAUCAUCUCGGGCCUGGCCUACCUCACUCAGGAUUACCAACGCCUGCAGUUGUGCAUUGGAAUUCCCGGAAUCUUUCUGUGCUUCCUCUGGUUUGUGGUCCCGGAAUCGCCGCGCUGGCUGCUGGUCAAGGGUCGAAUUGACGAGGUGCGUCGCAUCAUCGAGGCGGCCGCCAAGUUUAACGGUCGCCAGCUACCCGCCGAUUAUCAGCUGACGCCGCCGACGCAGGAGAGCAGCUCCCAGGACGUCACCUACCUGUUCCGCUCCAGCUACCUGCGGCGCAUCUCCAUCUGCUUCUUUUGCAUCUGGUUCACCAUGAAUCUGGUCUACUACGGCAUUAUACUCAACAUGAGCUCCUUUGGCGGCAAUGUCUACUUGAAUUCGGCGCUAGCUGGCCUAGUCGAAAUACCCGCCAUCGCCGUGGCCAUGUACAUCAUCACCAAGGUGGGCAAGAAGUGGCUCUUCUGCGCCACUUUGAUCUGUGCCGGCGUCGCCUGCUGCUGUGCGGCGAUCACCGAGGGGCACGCGGACCUGCUCUGGCUGAAGAUCACAUUCCUGAUGAUGGGCAAGUUCACCAUUAGUGCGGGCAACACCAUAAUGCCGGUGUACACGGCGGAGCUUUAUCCCACGCCCAUACGCAAUGUGGGCGUGGGCGCCUGCAAUGUGGCCGCCGGUUUGGCCCUGAUCCUCACUCCCUAUCUGUCACUGCUGAACAAGAUCGAGGGGCACCUGUUGAUGACCCUACUGACCGCCUGGAGCAUCUUCGGCGGCUUUGUGGUGCUCUUCCUGCCCGAGACCGCUGUGCGUGCAAAGGCAGCCAAUCAGGGAGGAAACAAUGCCAAUGCCAAUGCCAGUGCUGCCAAGCAGGUGUAAUGACCGCUAUUGCCAAUCCCAACCUGUUCAGCCCCCAGGAACAAAGUAUUUUGGCUGGUCCAAAGUAUGCCGAUUUGAAGUCAGAUUAGCCAUCGCCGCUGCUGUCUCUCUGCCCCCCACUUAACCCCCAACCUGCCACGCCCCCCGACAUAUCCACCGCCUGAAGCCACCUUAAAUUUAUGGUAUCGAUCCGAUGAUUGUCCAAGAGUAAUGCCAAUUCGCUAGAGAAUGUCACAUGUCAGGCAGGACCUUGUUUGCGUAGCACGUAGUGAGUAUGUAUCUUAACAAUUAACUAACAACAAUGGCUUGUAGCUUAUGUCAUAGUCUAAGUACUGAAAACACACACAACACCCGAAAGUCACCAGAAACACUCGAAGUAGCUUAAGUUCUUCGGUUCCCAUCGAAGGUAAUAAACUCGACCCAAUCUUAGGGAGGUUUUCCAAUUUUUAAAUAUUAGUUAUUUUAUGUAUGGCAAGCUCAGUCUCCUUUUUAUAUUUUGUCUUUGCUUCUUUUAAAAUCAAUUACUUGUAUUAAAAACAAUUUAGUUUUACCCUGUUUCUCAAUUUCAUAUUAAUUUAUUUUUGUUAUCAAAAUACUCCAGCAAUAAUGCUUACCUGCCUAAGAGAGUUUUAUCUUAUACAAGUUUUUGAAAUUUCCCAGUAAAAUACCCUGAAUAUAGAGCAUAACAAUUUCUGUACUGCUACUAUAGUUAAAAACGAAUCAAACGAAUUCGCUCAGAUAAACACAAGUCAAUGAAAAACACAAAUUAUAAUGUUGUCAAUGUGUCUUGUCAAUAUCUCAACGUAUGCAUAAUCUCGUCGUCGUCUUCUUGUUGUCUAUUAAUAAAUGUUUUCCAAAUACGAGAUAAAUAAGAAAAGGAGCUAAAUCUUCCAGAGAAAAGAGAGUGUCACAUUCAAGCGACAAAUUGUAAUCUCUAGUAAUUGUAGUCAAUUAAUCCUUAGUCUAUCCGUACCCCUAAACUUAUAUACAAAAGAUCAGUUUCUAAGUAUCGGUCAAUUAUGGAUUUGUAUAUAUGUGUGUUUGUUUAUAGGGACACAGAACAUACAAGGAGUUUUAUUGUUUGGAGUCAUCAAGAAAUAUAUGUAUAUGAAAUGAACAAAAUAAAUUUCCAAUAUAAUGCAUUUAACAAUGUAUACAAAUAUGUGUAUAUGGAUAUGUGUGCGUUUGUGUAUGUAGUGAAAAAAACAAUCAAAUUAAAAAACAAACCUGUUGAAUUACUUGUUGUACUUACCUACCAAGUUGUUAUAUGCUCAUUUGUAUUUCGUAUUAUUUUCCGUUCUUUUAUUUUGCUCUAUUUUAAGUUUAUUUUUGUUGCCUAUUGUACUUACCCGCUAAGAUCAAAUCAGCUUCGUUAUGUAUUUGUCAUAAGUAAGAGAUUUAUUUAAGCUUCAAAUAAACGGAAUACCCGAAUCUAAAACCAAAUUAAAUUAAUUGUUAAGUUGGAGUAAGAUCACCUGCUUAACAGUGUUAAGAGAAACACUUGAAAUAACUUGUUGUAAAUCAAAAUUACCAAAGCCAUCGCAAUUAUAGUGUCAAAAUAAAAUAUAAAUAAAUAAAUAAAAAA